GCUAUAGAGCUUGGAGGGAUUGUCGCUCUUCAGUUGUGCGUUCGGAUGUUACGAAGUAAACCUGUGAAAUUAUUGAGGUCGUAGGUGACAAGUGUUAUUUUUCGUUUAUUAGUUACGCAUAAGGUAACGUCAUGUCAGCAAGCAACUUUCUGUCAAAACUCCGACGCGCAACUCCUCAGGUCGUUAACUGCUUCCGCGGCGCACAGCUCUACCAUCGACAGCGGGUAGCAAGUGAUGUCUAUCCACCUGAGUUGAUUGUCCUUUUCACAUGGCUUGGUGCCAAACAGAAGUACGCCUACAAGUAUGCAAAUUGUUGGACUCAACGAGGUCAUGAUGUCCUCCACAUCACCACAACUGUCAGAGACUUGCUUUUCCCAAAAACGGGAGCAGAGGUUACAGCUUCCAGAGUCGUUGAUUUCUUAGAUAAGUACGACAAAAGUGUUAUCAUUCAUGGAUUAAGUGUAGGCAGUUAUCUCACACAGCGUGUUCUUCUACAAGCCAGGGAUGCCACAUUCCGAGUUACACACCAAAUGUUUGACAGCUUCACAACAUGUUCUGGUAUUGAGGCUGGUGUUGAAAAUGCAGUGAAUCCUAGAUAUAGAGAUAUUGCAAAGAAAAGUGUCAAGUUAUAUACAAAGUGUGCUGAUUUAUCCAGCAUAAAUGAGGCCCAGAGAUUUGCAUUAACCACACCAUGCCCAGCCCCUAUUAUGUUUAUUCACAGUCUAGCAGACAAAGUUGCUCCGUAUUCAGAAGUGGUGCCUAUCAUUGAUGCAGCAACAAAAGUUUGUCCUGUAAGAUUACAUAUUAUACCAGCAGAGGAAAACGUACCUCAUGUUACAAUCAUGAAAUGCUUAGGAGAAGAAAAGUACAUGGGUAUGCUUUACGAUUUUAUAGAGGAGUACAGAGAACCUGGUGUGAUGGGCUGUACAUCAGAGGUUAAGUCAUCUUCCCCUGGAAGGGCAGAGUCACCAAACAUUGCUGCACUGAGCUAAGGAAUUAUUUUGGUACAGAGAAUGGACCAUAAUAGCUGCACAAGUGAAAAACAAUUUAAGCAGUGGAUUUAAUUGUUAGCCAAUAAAGUGAUUUAAAAUAUUCAUAUAAUGGAGCAAUGUAUACAAGAUGCUGAUGACUAUUUUAUGCCUAUAUAUUUUUUAACAGUUAUACAGUAUACACAAGUCCUUUUUGAUUUUAUGGAAAAUAGUUUAUAUAAUCAUAACUAGUCUGCUACCUUUUCUUAAGGAGCCAAUCUUCAAUAAGAAGUUAUAAGUUUUCCAAAUACAUUAUAAAAAAAUA